CCAGGGCUGUCAUCGGGUGGGAGGAAGCUGCCUUAAUGUGUGGCCAGACUUCGGCCGUCCGCGGCUGUGCCUGAGGCCUGGCCCCGGUCCCUGCUGACACCUGUGGGCCCAGGAUGGCGGGGGCUGGCCUGAGGGGCUGGCUGCUCUGGUCCCUGCUCCUGCACUUGGCCCAGAGCGAGCCGUACACACCCAUCCGCCAGUCCGGCUACUGCGCGUUCUACGAUGAAUGUGGGAAGAACCCGGAGCUGUCUGGGGGCCUCACGUCACUGUCCAACGUGUCCUGCCUGUCCAACACUCCCGCCCGCAGCAUCACAGGCGAACACCUGGCCUUAUUACAGAGCAUCUGUCCCCGCCUCUACACCGGCCCCAACACCACCCAGGCCUGCUGCUCCACCAAGCAGCUGGUGUCACUGGAGGCAAGCCUGUCCGUCACCAAGGCCCUCCUCACCCGCUGCCCGGCCUGCGCCAACAAUUUUGUGAGCCUGCACUGCCACAACACCUGCAGCCCCAACCAGAGCCUCUUCAUCAACGUGACCCGCGUGGCCCAGCGAGGGGCCGGCCAGGCCCCGGCUGUGGUGGCCUACGAGGCCUUCUACCAGCGCAGCUUUGCAGAGCAGACCUACGACUCCUGCAGCCGCGUGCGCAUCCCUGCGGCUGCCUCGCUAGCGGUGGGCAGCAUGUGCGGCGUGUACGGCUCCGCCCUGUGCAAUGCCCAGCGCUGGCUCGACUUCCAGGGAGACACAGGAAAUGGCCUGGCCCCACUGGACAUCACCUUCCACCUCUGCGAGCCCGGCCAGGCCCUGGGCAGUGGGAUGCAGCCCCUGAAUGAGGAGGUCGUGCACUGCAACGAGUCCCAAGGUGAAGAUGCAAUGGCCUGCUCCUGCCAGGACUGUGCUGCGUCCUGCCCUGCCAUAGCCCGGCCCCAGCCCCUGGACCGCACCUUCCGCCUGGGUAGGAUGCCGGGCUGCCUGGCCGUUAUCAUCAUCAUCUGCUCCGUCUUUGCCUUGCUCACCAUCUUCCUCGUGUACCGCCGUGUGGCCUCCUGCAAGGACAAAGGCAAAACGGUGGGUACCAAGGGGGGCACCAGCCUCCCUGGCAAGCCCAGGCUCUCCACCCACACCAUCCUUGGCCAGUUCUUCCAGGGCUGGGGCACGUGGGUGGCCUCAUGGCCGGUGACCAUCCUGGUGUUGUCCACCACGUUGGUGGUAGCCUUGGCAUGCGGCCUGGUCUACAUGGAACUCACCACAGACCCUGUGGAGCUGUGGUCGGCCCCCAACAGCCAAGCCCGGAGUGAGAAGGCUUUCCACGACCAGCAUUUUGGCCCCUUCUUCCGAACCAACCAGGUGAUCCUGACGGCUCCUAACCGGUCCGGCUAUAGGUACGACUCCCUGCUGCUGGGGCCCAAGAACUUCAGCGGGAUCCUGGCCUUGGACCUGCUGCUGGAGCUGCUGGAGCUGCAGGAGAGGCUGCGGCUCCUCCAGGUGUGGUCGCCUGAGGCUCAGCGCAACGUCUCUCUGCGGGACAUCUGCUACGCCCCCCUGAACCCCCACAACGCCAGUCUCUCCGACUGCUGCAUCAACAGCCUCCUGCAGUAUUUCCAGAGCAACCGCACACUCUUGCUGCUCACGGCCAACCAGACGCUGAUGGGGCAGACCUCCCAGGUCGACUGGAAGGACCACUUUCUCUACUGCGCCAACGCCCCCCUCACCUUCAAAGAUGGCACGACCCUGGCCCUGAGCUGCAUGGCCGACUACGGGGCCCCCGUCUUCCCUUUCCUUGCCGUGGGUGGGUAUGAAGGGGAGGACUAUUCUGAGGCAGAGGCCCUGAUCAUGACGUUCUCCCUCAACAAUUACCCUGCGGGGGACCCGCGUCUGGCCCAGGCCAAGCUCUGGGAGGAGGCCUUCUUGGAGGAGGUGCGAGCCUUCCAGAGUCGGACGGCUGGAAAGUUCCAGGUCGCAUUCAUGGCCGAGCGCUCUCUGGAGGAUGAGAUCAACCGCACCACGGCCGAGGACCUGCCCAUCUUUGCCGUCAGCUACCUCGUCAUCUUCCUGUACAUCUCCCUGGCCCUGGGCAGCUACUCCCGCUGCAGCCGAGUGCUGGUGGACUCCAAGGCCACGCUGGGCCUGGGCGGGGUGGCCGUGGUGCUGGGAUCGGUCAUGGCUGCCAUGGGCUUCUUCUCCUACCUGGGUGUCCGCUCCUCCCUCGUCAUCCUCCAAGUAGUGCCUUUCCUGGUGCUGGCUGUGGGGGCUGACAACAUCUUCAUCUUUGUUCUCGAGUACCAGAGGCUGCCUCGGAGGCCUGGGGAGGAGCGGGAGGUCCACAUUGGCCGAACCCUGGGCAGGGUGGCCCCCAGCAUGCUGCUGUGCAGCCUCUCUGAGGCCAUCUGCUUCUUCCUAGGGGCCCUGACCCCCAUGCCAGCUGUGCGGACCUUUGCCCUGACCUCUGGCCUUGCUGUGCUCCUUGACUUCCUGCUGCAGAUGUCUGCCUUCGUGGCCUUGCUCUCCCUGGACAGCAAGAGGCAGGAGGCGUCCCGGCUGGACCUCUGCUGCUGCGCCAAGCCCCGGGAGCUGCCCCCACCCGGCCAGAGCGAGGGGCCCCUGCUCUGCUUCUUCCGCAAGGUCUACGCCCCCUUCCUGCUGCACUGGCUCACCCGCGCGGUCGUGCUGCUGCUGUUUCUGGCCCUGUUUGGAGUGUGUCUCUAUUUCAUGUGCCAAACCAGCGUGGGAUUAGACCAGGAGCUGGCCCUGCCCAAGGACUCGUACCUGCUUGACUACUUCCUCUUUCUGAACCGCUACUUUGAGGUGGGGGCCCCAGUGUACUUUGUUACCACCUCGGGCUACAACUUCUCCACUGAGGAGGGCAUGAAUGCCAUCUGCUCCAGCGCAGGCUGUGCCAACAACUCCUUCACCCAGAAGAUCCAGUACGCCACUGAGUUCCCUGAGCAGUCUUACCUGGCCAUUGCUGCCUCCUCCUGGGUGGACGAUUUCAUUGACUGGCUGACCCCGUCCUCCUGCUGCCGCCUUUAUAUCUUCGGCCCCAAUAAGGGCGAGUUUUGCCCCUCCACCGUCAACUCCUUGUCCUGCUUGCAGAACUGCAUGGACUUCACGAUGGGCCCCGUGCGGCCCUCGGUGGAGCAGUUCCACAAGUAUCUCCCCUGGUUCCUGAGCUACCCACCCAACAUCAGAUGUCCCAAAGGCGGCCUGGCAGCGUAUAGCACCUCUGUGAAUCUGAGCUCAGAUGGCCAGGUGGUAGCCUCCCGGUUCAUGGCCUACCACAAGCCCCUGCAGAGCUCGCGGGAUUACACAGAAGCUCUGCGGGCAGCUCGGGAGCUGGCAGCCAACAUCACCGCCGACCUGCGGAAGGUGCCCGGGACAGACCCAGCCUUUGAGGUCUUCCCCUACACGAUCAGCAACGUGUUUUACGAGCAGUACCUGACUGUCCUCCCGGAAGGGCUCUUCAUGCUCAGCAUCUGCCUUGUGCCCACCUUCGUCGUCUGCUGCGUCCUGCUGGGCAUGGACCUGCGCUCCGGCAUCCUCAACCUGUUCUCCAUCGUCAUGAUCCUCGUGGACACUGUUGGCUUAAUGGCCCUGUGGGGCAUCAGCUACAACGCUGUGUCCCUCAUCAACCUGGUCACGGCAGUGGGCAUGUCUGUGGAGUUUGUGUCCCACAUCACCCGCUCCUUUGCCAUCAGCACCAAGCCCACCCACAUGGAGAGGGCCAAAGAGGCCACUAUCUCUAUGGGCAGUGCGGUGUUUGCAGGGGUGGCCAUGACCAACCUGCCUGGCAUCCUUGUCCUGGGCCUCGCCAAGGCCCAGCUCAUCCAGAUCUUCUUCUUCCGCCUCAACCUUAUGAUCACCCUGCUGGGCCUGCUGCACGGCCUGGUCUUCCUGCCAGUCAUCCUCAGCUACCUGGAUGUGUGUCUCAAACACUGUUUCAGCGGCCCUGUGCGUCUCCACUGCUGCUGGACUUUUAGGCAUGACCUUCAACAAGAACCGUACUUUACAUUGAGAGGGCCUGAUGUCAACCCAGCUCUGGUGCUGGAGCAGGAGCUGGCUGAGGAGGCAGCAGCAGCCAGGGUGGUCUCCUGCCCAAAGCACCCCUCCCUGGCCACCAACAUCUAUGAGAACGAUGGCUUUGAAGGUUCUGUCAAGGGUGCUGUUUCCAUCAGCUCCAUGGCCCUGAAUUGAAGGACCACGAGGGUCUCCCCUGUAGUUGUCCCUCGACACCCCUCCCCCAAGGCCUAGGGAAGCUGUUCCCUGAGACUGCCUGUCACUUGAGGACAGCAUGCCCUCUGACCAUUAGGCUUCCGGGCAGUACCACUGAUGGCUCCUCUGCUCCCAUAGCGGGCCCCUGGUUUCCCAGUCACUCGGGCCUCAGUUAGUGUGAGAUCGCCUCCUCCUUCUGGGCCUGGGUCUUGGAGUUGCCAGGAACAGACACACUCCAUGUUUGUCCCAGACUCAGACUCUUUCAUAGGUGCUCACUUCUUUUCCAAUGUUCCCUCUUUCAAUUCUUCUGUCAAAAAGCCUUAAUUUCGUGUCAGUAAGUCUUUAACACUGACCAGUGUCCCUGAGGUCACAAAGAGAGUGACCUCAGCCCAGGCUGUGACACCACAGAAGGCCAGGGACAGGCAAAGGCUUGAGCCAGGAGCCAGGGCUGCGGGAGGCAGGCCAGCGGCUGCCCCUCCAGGGUGCCCCUGAAGAUCUGCCAUCCACACCUCUUUCUGGUCAGUGAAGGGCCCAGGGAGGAUGUUCUCAUAAAUACCUUGGUCAUGCAUUAACCUCACCUGGAAAAUGGUGGUGUUUGGCCUCCAGCUCCAGUGAUUAUUAAGGCAGUUGCCACUAGUCGAGGCAAGCUGGGCCGGGAACUCUUGGGGCCAGGCCCGCCCUCCCCACUCCAUCUCAUGCCUGGAGCACAGGCCUGUGGGCCUCAAAACAGCCCAGCCCAAGCCCCGUGGGGAACUCUCCAGAAGCAUAAACUUUAGAAGAGAGAAAGAUGCCUUGCUCUGUGCUUAAUAAAUAUUUGUUGAACAGAAAUGGUGUUUUAUGUCACAAGUCUUACUUUGGCUGCCUCUGGGCUUAAGAUCAUUUUUGUAAAUGACAGA